UGCUAUUUUGAAAACAUUCGCUUCGAAACAUCAGUCUUUAGGUCUUUACCGUCUAACUGAAUAGGGUACAGUUUCUACGAAGCGGUCUAACGGAGUGGUUGUAGAAUUUUACAGGAUCGUGUGUCUUUAAGGAUUCGACAGCUGAAAUUAUUUAUUUAUGUAGAGUGAUUUUCCGUCAAGCAAAAUGCGAUUGAUAUCGGGUUUGCUGUUGCUCAUGGUGGUUACCGCUGCGUAUGCAACGAUGUUUGGGACUGGAGUGCAGUUCGUCAAGGAUCUAAAUAAAAAACUACGGCGAAGAUACGACGAGCGAUUCGAACGGAAAUUAUCGCCAGUUAUUUUCGUUCCCGGGGAUGGCGGUAGUCAAAUGGAUGCCAUAUUAAAUAAGAAAGAUGCUGUCCACUUCUACUGUCAAAAAUCUUCAAGCACAUAUUUCAAUCUGUGGUUGAAUAAGGAACUCCUGGUACCGUUCGUGAUUGACUGCUGGAUCGACAACAUACGGCUGGUGUACAACAACACCACAAGGAAAACUGAAAACUCACCCGGUGUUGAAACCCGCAUACCGGGCUUCGGUUCGUCAGAAACCGUUGAAUGGAUUGACCCUUCUCACGCCAGUGAAGGAGCGUACUUCGUGAACAUUGGCAAUGCCCUUGUCCAGAAUAACUAUAAGCGUGAUGUUUCAGUGCGAGGAGCGCCUUACGAUUUCCGGAAAGCUCCAAAUGAGAACAAAGAAUGGUUCAUCAAAGUGAAACAUCUUGUUGAGGAAACGUACACCCUGAACGAUAACACACCGAUAACCUUUAUCGUUCAUAGUAUGGGUGCCCCAAUGACGUUGCUGUUCCUGCAGAUGCAAACCCAGCAGUGGAAGGAUCAGUACAUUCGACGCGUCAUUUCCCUUGCCGGUGCUUGGGGUGGGAGCGUGAAAACCUUGAAGUGUUUCGCCGUGGGAGAUGAUUUGGGUGCUUUCGCGCUCAGCGGAAAAGUGAUGCGCGCGGAGCAGAUUACCAACCCAUCGUUAUCAUGGUUGAUGCCUAACCCAUUACUGUGGAAACCAAAUGAAGUAAUGGUUCGUACUCUGUCCAGAUCCUACACUAUGGACCAGUUGAAGGAUUUCUUCCAGGAUAUUGACUAUAUGACCGGUUGGGAAAUGAGACAAGAUAAUAUUGAAUACUCACUCAAUUUUACAGCGCCCGGUGUAGAGUUGCAUUGUUUGUAUGGAUCAAAUAUCAGCACCGUUGAAAGUAUAAAUUAUGAAAAAUCAUACGACUUUAGCGGAAAACCAACACUGGUUUACGGAGAUGGUGAUGGAACUGUUAAUCGACGUUCGUUGGAGGCUUGUCGACAUUGGAGCGGACAGCAAAAGCAGAAAAUCUAUCUUCGUGAAUUUCCUGGUUCCGACCAUAUGACGAUCCUCUCAGACCUGAGUGUGCUUGACAGCAUAGUUAAGGUGCUUAUGUAUGACUGAAUGUCGAAAUGAAUGCUAUAUACCAAAUAUGAAUAGAGAACAAAAGACUUUACAA